AUGAAUGUUUCAAAUCGAAGACAAAAUCGGGCAUUGAAUUGUCUCCAAGACCCACAAACUGCAGUCAACAAUAACAGUUUGUCAACAUCAAAAGCUGUGAUAAUAGUAGCAAUUAUCUUUUUGUCUUCAGUUUUGGCUUUGGGAUUUCUUUAUAAACAAUUUCCUGAUUUGGAAGAUCAAGAAAGACAACAUUUGAAAUUACCAUGGGAUCUUGAUGACGCAAAACACCUUGGUCUUGUUUUAGAUAGAUAUAAAGAAAAGUAUUUUUAUGAAGUAUUAUUAGGAGUGUUUUUGGUCUAUAUAUUUUUGCAAACAUUUGCAAUCCCAGGCUCUUUAUUCCUCAGUAUACUUUCAGGAUUUCUGUUUCCAUUUUAUUUUGCCUUAAUAUUAGUAUGUUGUUGUUCUGCUAUUGGAGCAAGCCUGUGUUUCUUCUUAUCAAACAUACUAGGCAAAAGAGUUGUGAAAAUGUUUUUUCCUGAAAGAGCGGCACAGUGGUCCAUUGCUGUUGAAAAGCACAAACACAAUUUGCUCAAUUACAUGAUAUUUUUGAGGGUCACACCAUUUUUACCUAACUGGUUUAUUAACUUGACUGCACCUGUCAUUGGAGUUCCAUUGGUGCCUUUUGCUUUGGGAACUUUUAUAGGUGUCGCCCCACCAUCGUUUGUUGCCAUACAAGCUGGUCAGACGUUGCACACUCUGACAUCAACCAGUGAUGCAUGGUCAUGGACUUCCAUGACUGUACUAGCUCUGUUUGCCAUAAUCUCUUUAGUACCUGUUUUACUCAAGCAAAAACUUAAGAAAAAGUUUGAAUAA